AUGACGGCCAAGGUCAAGAUCCUGCUCGGAUUCUACCAGAUCAGCACCGUCCUGUCCUCCACCUACUCGGCGCGGCUGCCCCCAAAGUACACGGGCUGGACCGACACGCUGGCCAAUGCGAUCUCUAUCGACUGGUCUGGCUUUUUCCUGCCGCAGCAAUGCCUCGGCUACGACCUGCGACUCCUCGCCAUCGCUCUCUCCCCCGUCGCCCUCAUUACACUGCUAAUGGUCGCGGGGAUAAGCCUGCGGCUCCACCGCUGGCGUGCUGCCCCUGCGCCGCGCGAGAGAUCGUGGUACGCGGAGGCGGCCCUCGGCCUGCUCGAUCUCACGCCGGCCGGCCUCGUGCUCAUCUUCUGCUUUGCCUACACCAUCUCUCCGCCCAACGAGCCCCUGCAGCAGGUCUCCUACAUGCGGCAAGACGCGAGAGUCAAGUGCGGCACCGAGGAGCACAGGUCCAUCACCGACCUCGCCACCGGCUUCAUCGUCCUCUGGCCCGUCGGCUCGCUGGUCCUCUUCACGUCGCUCCUCGCCGCUUGCUACAAGCCGCUGCAGGCCAAGACGCCGAAUGCUUUGACGCGUGCCACCGCCUUCCUCCACCGGGAGUACGAGAAGACCUGGUACUGGUGGGAGGCGGUCGAGCUGGCGCGCAAGCUCGUGCUCACGGGCUUCGUGCUGCUGAUCCCGGAGGAGCGAGCCUUUGUCCGCCUCGUGGUGGCGACCCUCAUCUGCUCCUUCUACGCCGUCGUGCUCGCCGUCGUGCGGCCCUACAAGCGGGUCGAAGACGACGUGCUGGCCGUCGCCACGAGCCUCGUCCUCCUCCUCCUCUUCCUCGGCACCAACUGGACCACCAUCUUCCUCGGCAUCGAGGAGCGGUACCCGCGCGCAGAAGCGGCCGCCGCCCUCCUCGGCUUUGGCAAACUCGAUGUGAUCGUCAACACGAUGAUCAUCCUCGUCGCAGUCGUGCUCGUCUUCUUCUCGAUCGGUGCCAUCGUUGCCGCCCGCCGCGUCGCCAAGAUCCCCACGAUCCGGCUCGUCUCGACCAAGCAGCCCCCAGAGCUCACCAUCGCGCAGGGCCUCACGUGGCACCUCUUCCUCUCGCACAUAUGGUCGACCGGUCAAGACGCUGCCGGGGUGGACAAUUUAGAGGACAUCGGGGCGCUGGAGGAGUACAUCCGGCGCACGCAGAUGAUCCUCUUCUUCCUCUCGAAGGGCUACUUCCGCUCUCAGGCGAUCGCUCGCCGCCCUGCCACGCCUUCCCAACCCAACCCGAGCCGUAACUGCCUCCGCGAGAUCCGCUCGUCGCUCGAGCAGAGCAAGCCGAUCGUCCUCGUCCAAGAGGCGGACCCUGCUAAGGGCGGGACGCUGGAGGAGCUGCGGGAGUCGUGCCCCGACGAGUUGCAGCCGGACAUCUUUGACCAGGGCCGCACGAUGACGACGUGGUAUCGCAUCGAGGAGUUCCAGCGCGUCUCGCUCAAGACCAUCGCCGAGGCGCCCCGCCGUCGUCCACACGGCUCGUCCACCGCCCAGCUCAUGGCGGUGCUCCUCUCCUCGCCCGGCUUCGUGGGGCAGGACGCCCUCGGCCUCUACGUGCCGGGCGAGCCGCGCAUCCACUCGUUCGCCCUUGCGAAGCCCGUGACGCUCUGGGCCUCGCCGGCCAACGCGGGCGCGGCGGAGCUGGCCGACGAGCUCGCCGCCGCCUUUGCCGGCCUCACCGUCUCGACGGCCGAGGAGCCCUCUUUUGCUUCCCGAGCUUCUGGCCCCUGGUCCACUCGCCGCUCGGCGCCGCGCCGUGCCGGCGACGCGACCCACAUGCUGCUCUACCUGAACGAGGACACCUUCGUCAGCGACGAGCGGCUGGCCGAGCAGGUCAGGCAGGCGCGGGAGGAUAAGCUGAAGAUCGUGAUGGCGCACGAGAACGACCUCGACAAGGGCGGCGAGCUCAUCGCCGGAGGCCUCUACAAGGACCUGGCAAAGUCGUGCUUCCCGGGGCGUCACCACGAGGCGGCGGCGGUGUCGCUCGUGCUCCUGGCAAAGGGCCUCGGCGCGACUCCGGUCCGGCCGACGGUGGACCUCCGCCAUUGGAAGAGCCUCGUCUGCCGCGCCGUUGGCGGCCUGUUUGAGCGGACGGUCCGCGACCGCGGCGACGUCAGCGAGACAUCGGCGGGGCAAUCCGUCUAG